CUUCAGCAACCAGCCCAGUCCGCCACCAGCCCAGUCCGGAGUCCUUGGGUACAGGAGCCCCCAGACCCUAGUCGCCUCUUUAUCAUACAUAAAGACUCAUCUGUGUGGAGAUGUCAAAGGUUUUAGGAGAUGAGUGCCAGGAAAAAGGGAUGGAGCCCACAGGUCUCUCUAGUCGGAGGCCAAAUGUGAUCACCUUAUUGGAGAAAGGGAAAGCGCCCUGGACAGCAGAGCCAGCAAAGCCAGCGAAGCCAGCCGCAAAGACAGCGGCGAAGACCGCAGCGAAGCCCGCGGCAAAGCCCGCAGCAAAGCCCGCAGCGAAGCCCGCAGCAAAGCCCGCAGCAAAGCCCGCAGCGAAGCCCGCAGUGAAGCCCGCAGCUAAGCCGAUAGCAAAGCCUGCAGCGAAGCCCGCAGCGAAGCCCACAGCGAAGCCCGCAGCAAAGCCAGCAGCAAAGCCAGCGAGAAGACCUGGGGAGCCAGACUCAGGGCCUAAAUGUGACACCAGGAAGUUACCUCCAAAUGAAUUCGACAAACCUGGGCCAAGCACCUCUCAGAAACCAGUUUCUGCACAACAGAAAGUUCCUACAGGAAAGAAGAGCGCUAAUAAAAAUUCAGUCCUAAAAAAACCCAAGAAAGGGCAUGCAGGGAAGAAAUCAUUCAAGUGCAAAGACUGUGGGAAAACUUAUAAUCAUAGCAUCUCUCUCAAACUUCAUCAAAACACUCACACUGCAGAGCGGCCUUAUGAAUGCAGUCAUUGCAGAAAAGUUUUCAGGCAGGUCUCCUCUCUCAUUCUUCAUCAGAGAAUGCAUGAUGGAAAGAAAAGCCAUGAAUGUGAUAAAUGUGGAGAAAGCUUCAAACAAAGAACAACUUUUCUUCUACAUAAGAGAAUUCAUGACGAGAAGAAAACCUUUGACCGUCCAACAACUUCAACUCAAUACGUCUGUAUCACUCUAAAUGAGAAAUUUCGCAUUAUUGAGACUGUCCACAAGUGUAAAAAAUGCGGGAAAGGCUUUGGUCGGUUGUCAUCCCUUUUACUUCACAAGAAAAUUCACAAUGAAAAGAAGCAGUAUGAAAGCAAGCAGUGUGGGAAAAGCUUCAAGAAGAAAUCAGUCUUUGUUACACAUAAAAAAAUUCAUUCUGGAGAGAAAACCCUUGCAAGUGAGAAGGCUUUAAGUCAGAAUCUACAGCAGAAACAUGAGCAUCCACACAAUCCUUAUAAAUGCAAAAAAUGUGGGAAAUCCUUUAAUAGGAUUUCACCCCUUAUGCUUCAUCAGAGAAUUCACACUUCAAAGAAACCCUACAAAUGUGAUAAAUGUGAGAAGACCUUCAGGCGAUUUUCAACCCUUGUUCUGCAUCGAAGAGUUCAUAAGGGAGAGAAAGUACACCGGUGCAAGAAGUGUGACAAGGUCUACAAUCGGCAUUCAGCCUUGAUUCAACACCAGAAGACUCAUCUGAGGAAAAAGAAAGUGUUUGAGUGUAAAGAAUGUGGGAAGAAGUUUUGUGGAAUUGCAAACCUUAAAGUGCAUCAGAACAUUCAUUCUGAAGACAAACCUUUCAAGUGCAACAAAUGCAGUAAAGUUUUUGGCCGCCAGUCAUUUCUUAUUGAACAUCAGAGAAUUCAUACAGGAGAAAAACCCUACCAGUGUGAGGAAUGUGGGAAAGCCUUCAGUCACCGAAUAUCACUAACUCGACAUAAGAGAAUUCACACUGAAGACAGACCCUAUGAAUGUGAUGAGUGUGGGAAGGCCUUCAGCCAGAGUGCACACCUUGCCCAACAUGAGAGAAUUCACACUGGAGAGAAGCCAUAUACAUGCAAAACAUGCGGAAAAUCCUUCAGUCAGCGCACAUCCCUUAUACUACAUGAAAGAAGUCACACUGGAGAGAAACCCUAUGAAUGUAACGAGUGUGGGAAGGCAUUUUGCAGUGGCUCCGACCUCAUUCGACAUCAGAGAAGUCAUUCUUCAGAGAAACCCUACGAGUGCAGUAAAUGUGGGAAAGCAUAUAGCCGGAGCUCUUCCCUGCUUCGUCACCAGAAUACCCAUUCUGAAGAAAAAAAGUAAAGUCAUUUUAAAUCUAGAAAAGUGAAGACUGAAGCUAUCAAAGGAGCAGAGUGAGAGGUAUCAGGAAAGUAUAUUUUCACAUUAACAUUAAUUUUGUAUAUAUUUAUGGGACCAUUUGAUGGAGUGUUCCACUGUGACAGCCAAAGAGCAGAAGUCAUUGAAGAGUUUUGACCUCAGGAUUUGAAAUUGUCUACGUUAAGUGUAGAAUAUUGGAUUAGUCAUUGUAAAAAAAAGACCAUUUUCAUUUCAUAAGAAUGACUCAUAUUUUAUUUCCUGUUUAGUUUUAAAGAUACUUCAGG